AUGACAACGAAGCCGCCAUUGACGGUCUUCAUCUCCACCGAGUCUGAAAAUGAUGAGAUCAUGAUCAUGUGGGCGGAUCAAGGCAUGGAGAGCUUCAAGCGCUUCUCGAUGGCUUACCCUAACAAGCCUACCUACAUCAUGUCCUUCGGCGGCAACAUGUACGCCACCGAUCGGGUGAACACGGAGACUCGGGUGAUUGAGCCGGUCAGUAGCAUCGACAGCCUUACCCUUUUCGUUAGCCAUGUCUGGUGCCUCUCGAUCAACGCUGACAAGUUCCCGUCCAUCCAAGGCAGUUAUGUCUACUUUCUGGAACCAACCAUAUUUGGAUCCUACUACUACGGCGCUGUAGACACGACCAUUGUUCACGUUGCUGACAAUAUCGUCGUCGAGUUCGCUGGGGGUUAUGGUUCCUUAGAAGGUUUCUUCCGUCCGUUCACCCUCGCCCAGGUCAUCACCGAUUCUCGCAAGUCCAUCCACUAUUCUAAAUCAGUACGAAAUGAUGAUGCUCAGCAAGUGGGGCAUCUGGGAUAA